AUGCCCCGCAAGAAGGCGUCGAGAAAGGCAGCUUCCCCUGUAGCUGCCGCGUCGCAUGACAGCCCCGUCUCCUCGCACCCCGGUGAACCGGCUGCCUUCCAGUUGGCUGUGGUCAACUCUUGCCUGUGCAACGAGGACGUGCGACUUCCUCGGCUGCCGACGCCGGCGCUGCUGGCCCCGUUUUACGUCCAAUUCGAAUCUACCGUCGCUGCGGCCUCUCUGCGCACAACGUCUCCAUGGAAGAGCGACUACUGGUGUACGAAGGUGGCGCACGUGGUGCUUGGCCGCCACUCGGCCCUUCCGGCCGUCUACAGGCUGCGGCACGAGUGUGCUGGGCGGCUUCAUGCGCGCGUCGUGUACGUGCAAGCAGCAGCCGUGCACCGGCAGCUCUACAAAGCGUACCCACCCCUGCCACGGAGCAGGACACAUGCGAUAACGGUUGACGAGGUCGGGGACGAUGACGACGUGGUAAUCGUUGAGCCAACGACACGAGGCGAUGCUGUUGUAGCAGGUGUCGCUGGCCAGCCUACGCCGACUGUCUUCAAGACCUCGUACUACCUCCUCAUCAACCACAGCGAGAAUCCAAUCUUUGUGGGCUCCGACCGGGUGCCGCAGGGCCGCAGCGUGGAGCUUCAGGAGGGCGACGUGCUGAGCUUCCUCGAAUGUGCAUUCGACGAAGACAGCGGCGUUCUCGACGAAGCCAACGUCGCCGACGGUGGCGAUGGUGCGGGGGGGCAUGGCAGGGACACAUCAAUCGACGCGGAAGCAGUGGAGUGUGCUGCAACGACGGUGGAGCAAGUUCAACAACUCGCGGAGGAGUCCUUGUGGCGAUGCGUCGAUACAUCUGCAGUAGGAUCCGCAUCGCGGCCAUCAUCGUCAUCGCCGCUGUUCACAGCCCUCCAAGUGCGUGUACCUCACCGCACCGUGGCAACACGUCGUUUCUACGAAGUGUCUCACGUAGUUCAGGAGUACAUGCGUUGGUGGCACCGCCACACAACGCAGCUUUUCGAGCACCGCCACGUGAACGGCAGGCACCCCGCAUCACCCCCGGUCGAGCCGAUGGGCGUUACCUUUUCUUGGAUGGUGUCCAGCAACCACCUCGUACGCGCGCCGAGUAUCGCUAACAGCGGCGUCGGACCUGUAACGCCGGUUUGCGCCAAAGUGGAGGGUGCCUGUGAUACCUCAGCCGCAACAGUGAGGCAGCCCUCCUCCUCCCCUCCCCCUCUUUGCUCCCAAGGCAGGGGGAGUCGCAGCUCGUCUCCGCUGCCCCAUAUGCAGCAACAGCAGCAGCACCGUUUCUCCGAGGACCUCCUAAAGACCCCUGCUGUCGUCACGGCGCUACGGCAGUGGUUGAAGGAUACGGAGGAUAUGGAGGAGGUGGCGGAUGAGGUGCACUCGCCACUGGCAGCGCGGCUGGUGCUGGACCGUGCAUGGCUCUGGCGCCUUGUUCGCCACCACCAUCGGCAGCAAGCGACACCUCAGCCGCCGCCCUCGAGUCCUGCCGCACGCGGAGCGUUCAGCCCUUCGCUGGUGAAGCUGGAAGACAAGACGACGACCACCGCUGGGCUGGCGUGCGCCGCGACGCUGAAAAAGCGGGAAGGCGCGGGCCCCGGCAGUGUGCCCCCGCAACUUGGCGGCUCCUCUUCUCCACAGAGCGCAUCUGACGACGUGGCGGAGCGCUUUCGCAUCUCCGUGUCGACUGUGUUUGACGAUCCCGUGGCCACCGGCCACGGUGCGUCGCUGGCGCCCACCGCCACGCCGUCACGUGGGGCAAGCGUGGUGCAGACAGUGCUCGAGGAGCUGCGGCAGAGUCACAGCAAAAAGAAGAGCCCCGCCAGCGAGCAGGGAACGCACGCUCUACUACCUCCGUUGUCUGGGAAUAUGCCCAUGGUGGGCACUGACGUUGCUCGCGCUGCGCCAGAUGUGCGCCGAACUCUCUGCCUGGACGCCGAUCCGAUCCACGUGUACGUGAACAACAGCACACACUGUUCAGCGAGGCCUGUGAGCGCAGAGGCAUCACAGUGGCCGCUAAAGCGUCUAUCCUCUCCAGCGGUGUCUGUCGGGAUGCCGACACGCGUGCCAGCGGUGCGCAUCAGACCGGCAAUGCUCCCGGUCUACGUCUUCACUCGCCGAAGCCCAAGCCCCGACGUGUACACGCGCGAGCAGAGUGUCUUCACAUACGCACACUCCUUUUCCUCUCCAACAGUGAUAGGUCACGCUAGCGGCGCUGGGGCGUCGGGGUCUACGUCGAGGCUCGGCAACGCCAAGCAGUUUGUGUACUACUACGACGAGACAGACAAUCACUCCCCUGGCGCCGCCGUCGAGUAUCAUCAGUCACGAUCGCGAGGAGGCACGCGGGGACAAGGUGGUCGUUGGCGGAACGGUCAGCAGAGGGAGACCACCGGUGGCGGCGCAGCGAGUGAUCCUUUGCCCGCGUUUGUUGAACCGUCGUCGCCGGUACCCACAACAGCGGCGCCGCUUUCGCAUGAGUCACACGCGGAUUCGAGCGAGCAUGAAGACAGCUUCCUCUGGGUCGAUGAGUCAGAGAAGGCUGAGAAGAUGCCGUGUGCCUCCACGACACGAAAACGACGGCAUGGCAAGAAGGCCUCAGCCACGCGCAAGCGACGCGCCUCUGAGGCGAUGCCGUCGGCGGCAGUGGCGAAAGCGGCCCGUGCCGAUGGCACCUCCGUAGCAUCCGAAGCCCUGCCGCCAACGCCAACAACGAAGUCGACGCCAUCACGGCAUGCCAAGACGACUCCACGCAUCAACUCGAGGUAG